GCAGCUUGUCAACCGCACGAUCCAGUUACUGUAGCCGCUUGCUGCAAUGAAAACAUCGUCGUUGGUGGGUGGAUAUAAGUAUGGGCCUGGUUCCAUCAUUUUUUGCCCCCCAAAACACUGACUGAGUGAAGACGAGAAGGCAUGAGGUCCACAUUAUGGAUUAUAGCAGAUGUGGCCGUCUGUGGGGCUGCCAGCUGGCCGCCGCAUGCCGUCUUGUAGCCAGGGCCCCCGUGCCUCAGCUCCAUGCACCUCACACAUCAUACCUUUGACUUGAUGAAGAUUCCUGACAUCUGUGAUGUAAUGAAUAAAUUUGAAGUCCUUGGAAUUGUGGGUGAAGGUGCUUACGGUGUUGUUCUGAAGUGCAGACAAAAGGAAACCAAUGAAAUUGUGGCUAUUAAGAAAUUCAAGGACAGUGAAGAAAAUGAGGAGGUUAAAGAAACAACACUACGGGAGCUUAAGAUGCUCCGCACCCUCAAGCAGGAGAACAUUGUCGAGCUCAAAGAGGCCUUCCGCAGACGAGGGAAGCUCUAUCUUGUCUUUGAGUAUGUGGAGAAGAAUAUGCUUGAACUGCUUGAGGAGUUACCCACCGGUGUCCCGACCGACAAAGUGCGCAGCUACAUCUUCCAGUUAAUCAAAGCUAUUCACUGGUGCCAUAAGCACGACAUUGUCCACAGAGACAUAAAGCCAGAAAACCUCCUCAUCAGCUCCGAUGACGUCCUCAAGCUGUGCGACUUUGGUUUUGCUCGUAAUCUCUCCGAAGGGACGGACGCCAAUUACACCGAGUACGUGGCUACGAGAUGGUACCGCUCUCCAGAGCUCCUGCUUGGGGCUCCUUACGGGAAGGCGGUGGACAUGUGGUCGGUGGGCUGCAUCUUGGGCGAGCUGAGCGACGGGCAGCCCCUGUUCCCAGGAGAGAGCGAGAUUGACCAGCUCUUCACCAUCCAGAAAGUGUUGGGACCCCUCCCUCCAGAGCAGAUGAAGCUCUUCUAUAAUAACCCCCGCUUCCACGGGCUCAGGUUUCCUGCUGUAAACCACCCCCAAACUUUGGAACGAAGGUACCUGGGGAUCAUCGGCGGAGGCCUGCUCGAUCUGCUGAAGAACCUGCUCCUGCUCAACCCGACGGAGCGCUUCCUCACAGAGCAGUGUCUGAACCAUCACGCCUUCCAGACGCUGCGGCUGGUGGACCGGCCCGGCCCGCCCACGCCCACACCUGUACGCUCAGCCAAGAGGAAGCCUCACCACGGCGACAACACCACCCCCAGCAGGAGCCAUGGCGGGAAGAGCUCAGGAAGCCACCGGUCCAGCAGCAGGGAGUGCUCUAGCUUACCCCGACAGGAAGACAUCCUCCCGGGCAACGACAGCUUCCUCAACGGCAACAUGUCGGCGGCCAUCAACCUCAGCCCCACCCUGCAUCCCAAGAACUACCAGCCGCAGAUCUUCAACCACUCCACUGCCUACAGCAUGGACCUGGCCGGCAGCAACCUGCCUCACCUGCUCAGCCCCAGCGAGGCCAAGGGCAAAGGCGACUUCGAGAUCAGCCUGGGCUCCAAGGUGCUGGACGGACCCGGAGCCAAGUACCUCAAAUCCAACUUCCGCUCGCAGCAGAACCGCCACUCCUUUGUGGAAGGCAAGACCAACACGCUGCAGUCGGGGGACAAACACAGCCGACACAACUACGUGGACUCCCACUGUUCAGCGCCCUCCUCCUCCAAGUUCGGUUACCUGAACCUGUCCAAGAGCUACGGCACGCUGAGCGACGCCAAGUCGGUGGGAAACCUAAACGACGUGCACCUGUACGCCGACGAGCCCACGUCGCGCUACUUCCCGUCCAGCUGCCUCGACCUGACGGCUCCGAGCAGCCCGGCGUCCCGCAGGUUGGAGCGGCUCGGGCCCGGCACGACCGGCCGAGGGGGCAUGCGCUCGGAGAGAGAGAGCAACACGCUGGACUCCUCGUACAGGCGCUCAUCCACCCGCCACAAGGCCUCGGAGGAGGCCAAGUCGCCCGAUUCCCUGGACCCGGGAGACGGCAGCACGGAGAGGAGCCACGGCCACUCUCUGUCCGCACCGCGCGACCCUCUGUCAUACGGUCAGGGCUACACCAGCCCUUUCUCCUCGCAGCAACGGCCGCACCGCCACUCCAUGUACGUGCGGCGGGAUCACCAGAGGACACACGGCGGAGACGAGGGCCUGCUGGUCGGCCAGGGAAUCCCCACCAGAGCCAGCAGCCUCCAGCUCCUGUCGCCCCAGCUCCAGCACCGCACGCUGCCGCGCCACUCCGGGAGCUCCUCCAGGGAGGACGACAUGAGCAGGAGCGAGCAGGCACCCACUGAAGUUCCCCACAGCAGACCCCCAAUAAGGGAUUCCACCAGGGACAACACUGCAUCUUUUCACACACAGCGGCAAAAAAGCGAGGUUGGCCUGUAUCAUGAGCAGCAAGCAGAAGACGGAGGCUCUUCCAAGGAGAAUCGCAACAUCUACAGUGAAUCCAUGCCCAGGAGGGUGGGCAGCUUCUACAGAGUGCCAUCUCCCCGGCCAGACAACUCUUUCCACGACAGCAGGGGCCCGGGUCGGGACUCCGGCUUGUCUGGGGACGGCAGCAGUUUGACAAAUCACUCCAAGCGCCAGCCUGCCUUCGACCCCUGGACUGGCCCAGAUACUGUUGUCCUGAAUGCAUCGGAGCCAUCCAAAGAGAAGGAGAAGCAGGGUUUCUUUAGAGCAAUAAAAAAGAAAAAGAAGAAAAAUCAAAUGGUGGCCAGUGAAGGCAUGGACGCAGUCAUCCAGAAGAGCUCCAGGUCCUCUGGUCACCAGAGCAGCCGCCACAGGAGCCGCGACAAGAGCAGAGACCGCAACCAGGAACGAGACCGGGACAAGGACUGGCCACGGGAGAAACUCUCCGAUUCACACUCUCCAAGUCAGCCCCUGAAGUCCCUGCGUAAGCUGCUGCACCUGUCCUCCUCCUCCUCCAACCAGACGGCGUCCUCCGACAUGCGCUACCAGCCGCUGCCUAACUCGGCCUCCGCUCAGGGCGGUUUCUCCGAAAGCCGGGGUCACUCAGGGGUCAGCACACCCCAGCUCAAGAGCCGACAGGGAGCCUACCCGCUGCCGGGCCAGCUGGAGCCAGGCUGGCACUCGUCCGCCCUCGGGCGGCCGGAGGGCAACCCGUACCCGGAGCAAAUGGGCGUGAAGGGGGGCCAGAACGGGCACGGCUUCGGACGCCCGUCCCGGUCGCGCAUGCCGAACCUCAACGACCUGAAAGAGACAGCGCUGUAGUCGUCGGUCCCUCGCACUCCUCCCACCUUGGCAUCCCGCUUCCCUUCUGUUGCUCCUACACCUCUCACCUCUCCACCUCUCCCUCCUGAACCGGACCACACUCAACACACACACACACACCAAAACACCAAACCUUCUGUCGUAAACACUGCUUGCAAACGGGCCGAAAGCCUUUUUAUGUCGUAAUUUUUUUAAGCUUCCAUGUUUGAUAGACUUUAUAUUAUUAUUACUUCUGUAAUUCUAAAAUCAGAUUUGUAUUAUAAAGUAAAUAUGUUACAAAUUCAGUAUAUAUAUAUACAUAUAGAUAUAUAUGUAUGGAUAGGUAAAGUGUAGAUUUUAAGUGCAAGUAUUUUUUGCUUUUAUUAAAUAUAGAAAUAUGGUACAUUUUACUGUGUAGUAUUAACUUAAGAUUAAACUAAAGCAUUCUGAACACAUCAAGUCGAGCCAGUUGUUACUGCUCACGUCAGACCCGAUGUCCCUCUCACCCACGAUCCUAAUUCCUUUCAGGUGUGUCGCCUUUUGGAUGUAGGUACUCUGUCAUUCUUUUGCUACUAAAAAAAAAAAAAAAGAAAAAAUCACAGCUACACCGACAGUGAGAUGGUCUAAACAUCUGACUGCUCAUUUGUAGGACAUUAAGGUUAUUGUGUCUUUAUGAACUGCGGCCAUUUUAGAAAUAAUGUAACCGUAAACUAAACUUCUAUACUCUGACCUACACCGCCCUCUGUGGGUCAUGAUAGAACACUGCAUUGACUGUUUCCUAACAGUCACGUCGUUAUUCCUGCUUCAGAUCAUGAAUCGGUCUGACGCAGUUCAAAUAGACCGAAACGUCUGAUAAAUGUUUAUGAGCUCAUUUAGGUAAAAGUGUUUAAAUUUGAUCAGUUCAUUAAACUUGCUGUGCUUUGUGCACAUUUCAUGGAUGCAGCUAAUGGUAGAGGACAUCUGAAGCUGACGAUGAAGUUUUUUUUUUUUUUCCGG